AUGAUCCGUCCCUUGAUCUCACCAUGUCUCGCCCUUGUCACCCAUGCCGCCGUUCAGUACAAGGAGCCCUACGGCCACCACGCCGCCUUUGCCCUCGUCCUUUACUUGUGCACAUCUCCCUUGCUCUUCCACCUUGUGGCUGAGCUCACCUGGAUACAAGCACUCACACUGACCGUCACUGAGCUGUUCGCCUACGUCACCACCCUCUCAACCUCCAUCAUCGUCUACAGACACUUUUUCCACCCUUUAAGACGCCUACCCGGACCCUGGUGCGCCAAGACUUCCAUGUGGGCCUGGGUACCCAUGGAACGUUUUGGAACGCGAGCAAAAGUGCUCGAUCGUCUUCAUCAGCAAUACGGUUGCGUGGUCAGGAUUGGACCCAAUUGUGUCAGCAUCAAUGAUGGAAAGCUCUUGCCGCUCGUCUAUGGAGCGACAUCGGUCAGGGGCCCUCUCUACCAAGUCGUCUCACUGGGACCAGGUUCCUACAGCUUGCAAAGUGAGCCCACACGAGCCGGACAUGCUGCCCGUCGCCGCCAGUGGGAUCCAGCCUUCAGUGUGGCAAGCUUGCGAGAAUAUCAGAGCACCGUGGCCGAAAAGACUAGAGAGCUCAUGGAUUUGGUCACCUCGGACAUCAAGUCGGCUUUCUCUGGGACCUCUCGCGCCUGCAGGAACGAGUACGCCGUCUUGGAUGUCAACAAGUACCUCGGCUGGUAUGCCUUUGACCUCAUGGGCGAGCUGGGCUGGGGUCGCUCCUUUGACCUGCUUCACUCGGAGUCUAACCGCAUCAUGGUCAAGACGAUCCACGAGAACCUCCACUACAUCGCUCCCGCAGGCGCUGUCCCUUACAUGGCCAUGAUCUUCAACUACUCGACUCACAAUCCCAUGCGAGAGUAUCGAGCCUGGCUCCUCCGAGCAGUCCAGUGGAGAAUGCACCAAGGUCAGACGAGUGCAGGGACAGGCAAAGCCCAUCUCGACGUCUUUGGCCAUCUCCUUGGCGAAAAGGAGUCGUCUGAUGAUACCAAGGCUCGACGUCCCAAGCCGAAAUUGUUGGACCUGUUGUUGGACGCUAAUCUCCUCACAAUUGCUGGGUCCGACACUACCAGCAAUGUGCUCAGUCUUGCGAUUGUAGAGCUGUCGCAGAGCCCACGCAUCUUGUCCGACCUUCGCAAAGAGCUCGCUAAAGUCUUUCAGCCCGACAACGAAGACCCAUCUCUCCUAGCUCGCGAGGAAGCGACGCCAUUGCUCCACGCCGUCAUCCGUGAGACCUUGCGUCUCUGGCCUGUGAUCCCUGCUGGGCCUCCACGCUCAAUGACUCGGGAUGUCUGCCUGCCAGGAGAUCGAGUCGUCCCAGCUGGUGCCUGCCUCAGUGUUCCGAUUGGAAUCGUUCAGCGGGACCCGUCCAACUUUGUACGCCCAAUGGAGUGGCUCCCUGAACGAUGGCUCAACCCGGAGGACUACCAGCCUCACAAUCUCUCUGCGUAUGCUCCCUUUGGCUACGGGUCGACUGGAUGUGUUGGCAAGGGACUUGCUUGGAUGGAAUUACGCUCGGUCCUCGCUGGGUUCGUCACGAGGUUCGACUUUGAGAUGGACAGCGAGGCCGCAGAGGCUUUCAAGGAGAAUGUCAAGGACUUUUUCAUCAUUCAGGUAGGGCCUUUGCACAUGAAGGUCAGGGAGAGGGUGAGUGGGGCGAGACGUGAUUGA